CUGCAACACGACGACAUUUUGCAGCUGCAACGAGGCAACAUGACGCGGCCGCACGAGGAACACCAAUACCUCGAACUCGUUCGCGAGAUCCUAGAGGAGGGGGAGCACCGACCUGACAGAACGGGGACCGGUACCUACAGCGUCUUUGCUCCGCGGCCGCUCAAGUUCUCCCUCAACCGCGAUGGCACGCCGAUCCUGCCGCUCCUGACGACCAAGCGCGUCUUCCUCAAGGCCGUCGUCGCCGAGCUCCUCUGGUUCAUCGAGGCCAACACGUCGUCGCUUGCGCUCAGCGACGCCGGCGUCAAGAUCUGGGACGGCAACGGCUCGCGUGAGUUCCUCGACAGCGUGGGCCUGUCGCACCGCGAGGUUGGCGACCUGGGCCCCGUCUACGGCUUCCAGUGGCGACACUUUGGCGCCGAGUACAAGGACGCCAAGACGGACUACACGGGGCAGGGCGUCGACCAGCUUGCCGACGUCAUCGACAAGCUCAAGAACAAGCCCUACGACCGGCGAAUCAUCAUGUCGGCGUGGAACCCCAAGGACCUCAAGAGCAUGGCCCUGCCGCCGUGUCACAUGUUCGCCCAGUUCUACGUUUCCUACCCCCGCGCGAAGCGGUCCGCCAGUGGCGCCACGGCCGCGGCCGCCAACGGAAACAGCAACGGGGAGACGAACGGCGACAAGCCCAAAGGGCACCUCCACUGCCAGCUGUAUCAACGGUCGUGCGACAUGGGUCUCGGGGUGCCCUUCAACAUUGCCAGCUACGCGCUGCUGACGCACAUGCUGGCGCACGUUUGCGAUCUCGUGCCCGGGAGCCUGACGCACGUCAUGGGUGAUGCGCACGUUUACCUCGAUCACGUCGAGGCUCUCGAGGAGCAGUUGAAGCGAGAGCCGCGCGACUUCCCCGAGCUUGAAAUCACGCGCGAAACGGGCGGCAGUAUUGACGGGUGGAAGGCAGAGGAAUUUGUGGUGAAGGGAUAUAAUCCGCACAAGUCAAUCCCGAUGAAAAUGUCGGUAUAAUGCACACAGUGAGGAUCAGGAAUGAGAAUGAAGGAAAGGGUAUGAAAACUGUCUAGUUUCCCGCAGAAAGGGGCACGACUGUCACGCCUAUAUGUUUAGAGAUCAGCGACAUGUUCAACACUCGGCUUGAGGCCGUGGAUUGCCACGGAUAGAUGAUGGGGAAAGCGGCGAUCUCUACAAAACCUACACAGAGCUUAUGCCCGAUGAUUCUAUGAACUCCG